UUUGGCAAGCGAGUGGUUUUCUUCUUUUGGCGCUCCCAUUCCGUGCCUGCAAUGUCUGGACGCGGCAAGCAGGGCGGCAAAGCUCGGGCCAAAGCCAAGUCUCGCUCCUCGCGCGCUGGCUUGCAGUUCCCGGUGGGCCGCGUCCACCGCCUGCUCCGCAAGGGCAACUACGCCGAGCGGGUCGGGGCCGGCGCGCCCGUGUACCUGGCGGCCGUGCUCGAGUACCUGACGGCCGAGAUCCUGGAGCUGGCGGGCAACGCGGCGCGCGACAACAAGAAGACGCGUAUCAUCCCGCGCCACCUGCAGCUGGCCAUCCGCAACGACGAGGAGCUCAACAAGCUGCUGGGCCGCGUGACCAUCGCGCAGGGCGGCGUCCUGCCCAACAUCCAGGCCGUGCUGCUGCCCAAGAAGACCGAGAGCCACCACAAGGCCAAGGGAAAGUGAUUCGGCAAGCAUCUUAGUUUCCGGAAGCGAUUUCAAACCCAAAGGCUCUUUUCAGAGCCCCCCACCAAUUCAGUAGAAGAGCUAAUACUACUCUUAGGUUAAGGUGAUAAAUAGGCAAAGGGUCGAGUCUCACCCAAGUGGUUCUUCAGGAUGACUUGGUUUAGGCUUCGGAGAAUGAGUGGGCCAUGGUUUGCCCACUCCUCUGCGCGCAGAGAGUCGGGCGGCCCAAGCAAAAACAACCUCUUUUUCAAACGCUCCUUGAGCUCCCACUGAAGCAUUUUCUGGGAUCGUUCGUUUGGAGCAAUCAAAUGCGAACGUGCGCGGUGCGGAGAGAAUCUAUAAACAGAAGCUGGUUCUCGCGGACGCGCUUCCCACUGCCUAAAUGUUGACGCUUGCGGAGUGGUCUGCAGGCAGCCUCCACCCCCUCUCGCCUCCCCUCUUCCCCCAGCCCCGCCUCCCCUCCCUUGGCCUUGCUGUCAGCAGGGACAAAAGUGGCUCCUGUCUGGGAGGUGGUGAAGGCAAAGUGGCGGAAAUAGAAGCAAGCACCUUGAUGGCCACAUGUUAGAGUUUCCAGAGGAGUUCCUAACGAUUCUAAUGGGCAGCGGGACUGAGAAUCUUCACCCGGGGGAGGUCCGGCCUCACAGCGUUCCAGGCCGGUCUGCUCAGGGGACGGGGUUCUUUCCACCCAGAAUUUCUUGUAUGCUGGAAAACUUGGAUCCUUAGGUCCGAUUGCUUUAUAUGAGCCUAGCAAUCCUCUUCAUUAACCUUCCAAAGGUUGCUUUGGAUCCCGCUCCAGCACUGACCAGGUAUGUGACCUUGGGCUUGGUGCUCAACCUCCCCCUGCUUCAUUACUCCUUCACCUCUGCUCACGUCCUGAUGAAAUGAGUAGGCUCAGCAGUGUGGGUUCUGAAGGUGGAGCACGGGCACUCAAGGUUAAUGGCUAACACUAAGCAUUACUGUGUCAGACACAGUUCUACCUACUUCUAGAAAAUUCUUUAAACCCAACAGUCCAUCAGUAAGUGCUAUCCGUUUCCUGAUUUUAAAGAGGAGGAAGCAGGAACAGAGCAUAAAUAAUUUGUCUAAGUCCCAAGGUCAGGAAGCCAGUACUUUUGACUUCUGGCUGUUCUGUGAACACUGUUCCCUAAGAGAGUAUUGUCAGAACAAAGAAACCAGUAAAAACUCAAGACAUAAUGGGUUAACUUUGCCCACAUACCAAAACGUUACCAAUUGCAUCUUAAACUGAAGAAUUUAAAGGAAGGAGGAGAGGUGUUCUCCCUGGAAUCCACAUAAAGGGAGGAAGGAAGGUGAAUCUUGGCCCUGUGUUAGCACUGUAAACCCAGGGGGAGGUAAAUACACUUUUGAAACAAGGGGACAAAUCAGGAGAUGGUUUGGUAAAGAGCUACAGGACUUGAUAAACUAAUUUCUCUUGAAUGAAGAAGGGGUUAGAGAACGCCUGGGUGGCUCAGUCGUUAAGCAUCUGCCUUGGGCUCAGGUCAUGAUCCCAGGG